UGGUCUGUUUGUACAGAAGUUUUGUAGUGUGGUGUUCAGUGUUUUCUUUUUGAUCUUGUUCAUCUGCAUCCUCCGCUACUACUCCAUUUAAACUUCUUCCUCCUCACCUUAAGUGUCAUUCCUGAACUAGUAAGGGUUCUAACAUGAGAAAUCCUAGAUGAACUUGCUUAUUUACUCUUAAUAUCGUUGGAACUGGUUAUCAUUUCAGAUCAGACAUACGACCCUCCCAUCUCCAGACAGCUAACAAGAACUAACUAAACAACAACAUAAAAUUAUAAGCUAACGUCGUGCCAGCUAACAUUAGGUCCUAGAAACCCGAACGUCUUUAAGUACUUUUCUCACCAAUCCAUCUGUCGAUCUCCUGCUCCCUUCUCCUGUCACUCGGGAACAAGAGAUACUUAAACUCCUCCACUUGGGGCAGGAACACGUCUCUGACCUCGGCUGUGAACUGUUCCAGUGCGAGCUGAAGGCCAUUACCCAAUGAAGCCAACAGAACCACGUCAUCUGCGAAAGGCAGAGAUAUCCUUAAGUCUUAAUUCAUCAUUUUAACUCACCAGGACUACUAGCUACUAAUCCAUACAAAACUGGCGACUUCAUCAACUGGCGGGUUACUGUGGCACCAGGGUACUGUUACACUGACAGAGUCAGAGAGACAGGGUUCAGUUCAGUUCUGUUGUUUACUGAAGCUGGACGGAAGCAGCUGUGCAUGGAGUGUAUAUGCUGUCACUGCCACAAUCCCUCUGGAUACACUUGUGGAGGCCCAUCCUGUCCUAAUGCCGUUACCGUAGGAACAUGACCCUCAACACCCAGAGAGAGAAGGAGCCCCUCCAAAGGCGAGGCAGCACUCCAGUUCAUCCCCUUUACCAGCAACCGCCUUGGAUCCCCAGCAGCACCCAACCCAACCCAGAGCAGCCCCGUCCCCAGCGCAACCACCCCCCUCUGGGACAGUCAGCGUCCUACCACCCUGGAGACAAGUCCCUCCAUUACCGUGCCCAGUGGAGUUCAGACUCUGAUGAUGACUCGCAGAGUGAUUCGGACUGUGUUUACAGAGUAGUGUUGCUUGGUGAUCAUGGAGUCGGAAAGACUAGCCUCGCAGGAAUCUUUGCCGGGAUCACAGACAAGGAUGAACAACCUGGAGAAGACACAUAUGAGAGGACACUGACAGUAGAUGGAGAGGAAACCACGCUCAUCGUCAUGGACAACUGGGAGAACGACAAACUGGUUUCCUGUCAGGAGGGGGAGGAUGGCCCCUCUCACAAUGACUGUCUGAAGGUGGGGAGUGCUUACGUCAUCGUCUACUCGGUCACCGACCGCUCAAGCUUUGAUUCUGCUGCUGAGCUCCGCAUCACGCUCCGACGUACCCGCCAGGCCGAAAACCUUCCCAUCAUCCUCGUAGGAAACAAGAGUGACUUAGUCCGAUCGAGAGAAGUUGCUGUGGAAGAGGGCCGAGCAUGUGCAGUUGUGUUUGACUGCAAAUUCAUUGAGACGUCAGCGUCGCUUCAGCACAACGUGACCGAGCUAUUUGAGGGCGUGGUCCGACAAAUCCGCCUUCGUCGAGACAGCACCGAGGCCAUUCAACGCAGGCGCUCCGUUUAUAAACGGAAAGAGAGCCUCACUUGUAAGGCCCGGCGCUUCCUGGACCGACUGGUGGCACGUAACAACCAGCGCAUGGCAGUGAAAGUGCGGUCCAAGAGCUGCCACGACUUGGCCGUUCUGUGAAUUUGUCCGCCAGCAAGUUUUUUUGACUCACUAGAGCUCUCUCUGGUCGUGAUAAUGUGGACGUUAGAGUCUCCGGUGAUUCUAACGCGCAGCGCCAGACAAGUUCAGCAGUGAACUACAUCAGCAGACAGUAACAUAGUCACUAUGAUCCUGUUGAUCAUGUUUGAGCAUCUGGUGUUAACAUUUGUGGAACUGUAACAGCAGAUGACUUAAAUAUUGAGAUACCAAACAGUUAAGUGUUCAAUGUUCAUUGUGAGAGUGUGUUCAGUGUGUGUGGAUCAUGUAAUGUAGUUUCCACUGUGUCGCUUGUGUUGUUUUCCUGAGGUUUUGACUGUUUUUAGUUCCCCACUGUGCAGAAUAAAGUCUUAAUUAAGUCUUAAA